UUCUUUUUUCUUUUUUCUUUCUUUCUUUUUUUUUUUGGAUGAUUGACACGUGAUGUCACGUGGUAUCAUUAUAUUAUUCAAACUUUAACUCUCUCUUGGAGAAAAUCUGAUAUAUGACGGUCGAGACUAUAAAAGGGACUACAACUAUCAUUUAUACCCCCUUGAGCUGUGUUUGUUUUCUAGAGCAGUGAUAUAUUUACGCUUCUUUCACACUUUUUAAUUUCCUAUCUCAAAGGUUAAGGUUUAGAAGGGCUUCUGCUGGAACAUAUUCUAUUACCACGAUAUCUAUACAACGGAAGAAUGAGAUAGGAGCACUGCAGUAUUUCAGGAUAGGGAGAGAACUAUAUCUCUAUUCUAGUAUAUCCCAAAAUAUUGUACUGAUGCAGGGCACUCUUACUUGCUGUCCAUAAUCUUAUCCACUGCGAUUUAAUCUAUCAAAAUGUCCUCUUCGCAUCAGUCUCCAUCUAAGUGGCAGAAAAUAAGCCGUGAUCAGACCGUGUCUUCUUCGAAAGAGUCGAGGAAAGUGUCUGAGUCAUUGACUCUCCACGAUAAAGGCCAGUUGGAUGGCAUAAACAGUGUCUCUGGCGAUCCAGGAGCAAACCCAACAAGCAAAGAAGUCUCCAAAUGUCCAUCACAGGAAUCGACAGAUUCGGAGCCAACAUCCUCGUCUGGAUCUUCUGUUGAUUCGGAUUUGGAUUCUCAAGCUGGAGAAAGCUCAGAUGAAGAAAAGUCUGACGAUGAUGAACAAAUGGAUGAUCAGCCUAGCCCUUCUAUACCUUCGAGACCGUUUGCCAGUCUUCCAAACAACUCAGCCCUGCGUGCAAGACUUGCAAGUUUUUUACCAUCUCUAAAGGCGGCGAAUGAAGACCUGGAACGAGAAAUCGCUGCCGGAAAGUCAAUGACUCUUGAGGUGGACAACGAAGAUGAGGGACAGGGUCAGCUUAUUGAAAUGGUAAGAUACCGCCCCAACCCCCGGCGACGGAGAUGAUAAGCAUUUAUAGCUAACUAUCGCGGUAGAAUCUUGGUUUAGGUGUGCUUCAAGAAAAAGGAGAAGAAAGUGAUGAACAUAGUGAUGCAGACAGCGAUAGUCCUGAGAGUAUAGACCCAAAAGAAGAGAAAAACGUUAUCGGCAAACUUAUGGGAAAGAAACCCGACCUGCAAAAGCCGAGCAUCGAAGAUCUAGGGUCUUGAUCUGAUUUCCAUUGCCAUCAAUGAAACGCCAUUCUAACGUUAUUUAUACUCCACGAGUCCACUCUUCGAUUAUUUCCGUGUAAUAUUCACGACAGAUAGAUUCAAGGAUUUUCGCCUGGCAAACAGUAAUACUGCUUGGAUCCAGCAAAUCUGCUUACGUUCAACUCAGACAAUUAAUGGAGGCGGAUUUUGGUCGUAUCAGAAAGAGAAUGAA